CCAGAAUAUGCAGAGAGGAAUAAAGCAACACUAACCCUAUACGGCCAGAAAGAAUUGAUUCUCAUUCUAUGAUGCAAAUCCAAAAGAAACCAAUUGGGACAUCCUAUGUUGAUCUUUCUCAACUUCCUAUAUAUAUGAACUCAAGAAAGACAUAUCUACAUCAACCCCCCCACCCAGACAACAUCAGCAGCAGCGCAGUCGCGAGUCGUGUAUCUACUAUGGCAGGAAAAGGUGAUCAUGCACUUGCACACGAGGAAUUCGAACCCUUAUGUAAAUGGCAACGUAGUGAAGACCUCGACGUUCUUGAAAUCCAUCUCCAAGAAUUCAACAAGGAACAGCUGAAAGUGCAAAUCAGCAAUCACGGGGUCCUGAAAAUCUCUGGAGAACGUCCGUUAGACGCAUCAAGAAAGAGCAAAUUCUACAAAGAAAUCCAAAUCUCAAGCAACUGCGAUACCUCUGCAAUCCGCGCGAAGUUUGUGAAUGGCUUCCUCUACAUCACAAUGCCGAAAAGAAAACCUGCAGUCCCUCCAAAAACUGGAAAUGGGUCGCCUGAAGCAGCCAAGACUGAUCAAACGCCGAAGCAUGAACCCGCCAAAGAUCAGAGCCCAGCACCACGGCCGAGUGGUGGCGGAGCCAAAGCGCAGACACAAGCACCAGCUGAGAGUUCAGCGGCGGCGUGUGAGUUUCAGGGGAGGGCAGGGAAAACUCCGUGCUUGAGGCUGGCCAAGGUGGCUGUGGCCCUGGCGGUGACGGCGGCGGCCGUUUCUUAUUUUGUUUAUCUGUUCAAGUCUAGAGUUGCUGAGGAUGAUGAUUGGAUCAUCUGAUUUGCUUGGAUUUGAUAAAAUGUUGUCCGAAUGUUUGAUUUUAUGGGAUCACUUUGCAUAAAAUGUUUGGUGAGAAGUUGUAAAUUAAAUAAAAUUUCAAGAUACCAUGAUACAUAAUUAUGUUUGUAUAGUUCAAAGUUUAACAAA